AUGAACACAACCACUAAUGAUAAGCCGACUGGACGGCGCGCUCUUGCUGAGAUCCAUUUCAACGAAAUUCUCUCCUCCGAGCAGGGAACUUCGUCCGAAGACGAGUCUCCAGGAUCCAGAGACAUCAGCGGAGGCGAAGUCCGUACUGCGAUAGGAGUUUCGCUGGGAAAUGAGCAGAAUCGACUGAACGAUCCGCGAACACCCGCUGCAGAGAAAGCAGCAGUGAUCGAGCGAGAGGGUGGAUUUUUCGGACCAAUUUUCGAUGGCUCUGCCGAUGCUCACAGCCCGAUCGAGGACGAUGAAGACGAGGACAUCUCUCCGAGUCCCGCAGAGAGGGCGAGACAGCAGAAAGUUGCAGAGCCAGGCCAGAGCUUAACGAACGCCUCCCCUGACCGGGUGCUGCAGCGGUCCCGGAAGCCUUCGCCUCGGCGAAUAUCAGAUUCGAAGCCGACGCAAAGAUCGAACAAGACCAAGUCCAUCCUGCGAGAUGGUUUUGCGUCAUUCGGCCGAAAGCGUUCUUGGUCAGGCCCGGAGUCCUUGUCCUCAAAUCGCAAGAAUUCGAUGUUUGCCAACUUUCCGUCAAUGUCGAUGCCGAAAGGACUCAGCAUGACGUCGCCUUUCUCAUCCAGCUUUGAUAGUAACAAGUCCGAAGGGCAGCGAACGCCAAAGCAAGAUCAAAGCUCUAGGAGACCCACGCUGUCCGGCAUGCAGGAGAGCAAUAGCCAGGCGAAGACUAUUGAGCGACCUGGAACCAGUCGAUACAGGAGGGACUUAUCCAGCUCGCCCGUAGACAACGAUGAAGCCUUUGCAACCGUCGGAGACUUGCCUGGUACUCAGAUACAGCGGAUCAAGUCCAGGCCACAGCAAUUGCGUCGAUCGACCUCGGACAACUCGCUUGUUACAAUGCGAACAUUAUCCAGGGUAUCGUCUUUGGGUGACGACAGUCGAUUUGAGCACGUCCAGGAGCAAGUCAAUUCGCGGCUGAAGGCCAUCAAAGACUCGUACAAGGAUUCAAAGAUCAAUUUGCCUAGCAUGCCGUCAAUCUCAUCCUUCAGUGUAUCGAGCUUCACACCGGAUUUCCUGACUCGCGACCGAUCCGACUCUCUUCCUCCGAAGCCACGCACACGUAGUCCGUCUGUCGGCCUUGCUCAUCGAGAGAAACACGCUGAAGCUCCGGUUGAUCCCAUGACGAGACAGAACUACCAUUCCGCGAAAGAAGCCAUUUCCGACACGAUGGAUAAAUCAAUGAUUGACCACCCGCACUUCAGCCGUGCUUUGGAGCAUCUUGAAGGCGACGUGGUGGUGCUCGGAGGCUAUAGAGGGUCCAUACUACGAAGCACCGAGACCGGUCGGCAAGUUUGGAUUCCCGUCAAAGUUGGCUUGAACAUAAGGAAGGUGAAUUUGGAGCUCAGCUUGGAUGAAGAUGGCGAUGAACGUGCCAGAGAGACGAUCUAUCCCGAUGGAAUGCUGUCACAUAUCGGACCAGUCGAUAUUUCGCGAAGGCUGAUCAAGCGACUGAAAACUUGCGACAAUGCUCAAUCGUGGAAACUCCGUACCCACAAUUACGGAUACGACUGGAGGCUACAUCCCACAUAUCUGAGCAAGCAAUUGAUCGAAUUUCUGGAGGGUCUACCAUGCAAUCAGCGUGGAGUUGCUGAGAAAGACCGAGGAGCGACAGUCAUUGCGCACUCUCUUGGCGGGUUGAUUACACGGCAUGCUGUCAAUCAGCGCCCAGAGUUGUUCAAAGCGGUGAUCUACGCUGGUGUCCCGACUACAUGUGUCAACAUUUUAGGGCCGCUCCGCAAUGGCGACGAAGUGCUGAUGUCAAGCCGUGUGUUGACCGCCCAGGUGAACUUCACCAUUCGCACCUCCUUUGCACUACUGCCUCUGGACGGAAAAUGUUUCUUCGACAAGAAUACAAAGGAAGAAUAUCCAGUGGACUUUUUUGAUCCUCAGACCUGGAUCGAGAAUCGACUCUCACCAUGCGUGGGUCGACCUCUACCUCCUCUUUCGGCGCCGUCGAAGCCUACUGGUAUCUCUGGAUAUGUCAGCUCCAUCGCGAACGUCUUGCCGAACUUCACGAAGCCGGCCAAGAAGAGCAUGUCGCAGUCGAGCAACUCAAAGACGACAAACAUCGCCGGUGUCGCAGAGCCCGACUCACUCAAUGCGGGCGCGCAGGGCAGCAGCGUCGCCGCCGCACACGGCAACAUCGCCCACGAACCCGGUGAGCUCAACGAGGAUGGCGAGGAGUACGAGCAGCCAUCCGUCCGCACAGCCGUGACGCUACCACGAGACGAAUGCAUCGCCUACCUCACGAGAACGUUAGCCACGAUCAAGAAGUUCAAGCAAGAACUCGCCUUCAAUCCCGCGCAUCACGAAGCAAAUCGCUAUCCACCCGCGGCCGUCAUCUACGGUAAAAGCACACCGACCGUGUUCGGCGCAAAGAUCGAUGGUCGAGAAGGAAUGAAGCACGCGGACUCUUACGACGAGCUUGCCUUUGCGAGCGGUGACGGCGUCGUACUGGCGCGAGCGGCCAUGUUGCCCGAGGGCUAUCGAGUCGUGAAAGGGGGUGUGGUCAGCAGCGAACGAGGGCACGUUACUUUGCUGGGAGAUCUGGAAGCCGUCGGAAAGUGUCUGUAUGCCGUCACGAAUGCGCGAAAGAGAGGUGUAGCUGCCAUCUCAGGCUCGCAGAGCAAUGUCUGA